AUGUCAUCUGUUAAUUUCUCCCAAUCAAAACGUAUCCCAGUGCAAAUGUUGGUGCAUGAUGGAAAACCAUGUCCUACGGAUCUUGUAACCGGUACAUAUCCUCCAUCAAAUACACUUCCGAGUACAUUCACACCAAGUGGAAAUUAUUUCACACCCACUAGUUCCAUUUUACCCUCUAGUUCACAUUACUAUAUGCCAAAUGGAUGGGCUUGGUAA